AUGAGUGACAAUGACGUGAUAAUGGAUGUUGAUGAAAUAGAUCCGAAACCUACAAAACCUUCUGCAUCAAACAAAUCAAAUUCCCAUCUACCUUGGAUAGAAAAAUACCGACCUCAAACAUUUGCAGAUAUUGUAGGGAACGAAGAUACAGUAUCACGGUUGGCUGUGUUUGCUCGUACAGGCAACGCUCCCAAUAUAAUAAUAGCUGGUCCACCGGGUGUAGGGAAGACAACAACCAUACUUUGUUUAGCUCGGGCUCUUUUAGGAACCUCUUUUAAAGAUGCUGUUCUUGAGCUCAACGCUUCUAAUGAUCGUGGAAUCGACGUCGUUCGCAAUAAAAUAAAAAUGUUUGCUCAACAAAAGGUAACAUUACCCGCUGGGCGACAUAAAAUAGUGAUAUUAGAUGAAGCUGACAGUAUGACUGAUGGUGCUCAGCAGGCACUUCGUCGCACCAUGGAGUUGUACUCAAGUACAACACGAUUUGCUCUUGCUGCCAACAAUAGUGAGAAGAUCAUAGAGCCCAUACAGUCUCGCUGUGCAGUUUUACGGUACACAAGGCUAACAGAUGCACAAAUACUAGCUAAGGUUAUUGAAGUAUGCAAAGCAGAGAAUUUGUCAUAUACAGAGGAUGGUGUAAGUGCAGUGGUGUUCACGGCGCAGGGCGACUUGCGCGCGGCGCUCAACAACUUGCAGGCCACCGCGCAGGGCUUCUCUCAUGUCAGCCCUGACCAUGUAUUUAAAGUCUGUGACGAGCCUCACCCCAUGCUUGUGCGUAACAUGCUUGAGGCAUGCAUUAGAGGAGAUAUUCAUGAAGCAUAUAAGGCAUGUAAUAUUUGU